AUGACUGCUUUAUAUGUUGUAACUGUUAGCUGCUUAGAUAUUGAUCUUAUCAAAGAGACAGACAUCUCUAGGAUGAAAUUAAUGAAAUAAUUAAUCAUUAUAGAGCUAAUGCACGUACAAAACUACUUAGAGCUAAGUUUAACACUUAUUCAAAAUAAAAAUAAUCAAGCUAUAGAUAUAAUUAAAUGUACGCUUCACACAAAAUCGAUUUAUGCUUGGGAUAAAUUACAAAAGCAAAUUACAACAGUUUGGAAAAACACAAACAUUCCUCCUUUUAAAUCUAAAAGUAAUUUCUUCUUAAAUAAUUUCUCUCCUACUUUUACUAGCUAAAAGUUUUUUUUAGAUUAAACUAACUCAAAAAAGAAAGUGAUUAGCAAAAUUAAUAAAAUCAAUGCUAAUCCUAAUUCAUUUAUUAGCAACUAAUAAAUAACUAAAAUAAAAACAUUGAAAAGUAUAUGUAAAAAGUAAAUAAAAUCAAACACUCGAAAAAGAAUUACAUUAAAUUACUAAAAUUUGAGUAUUGAUUAAAUGAAUUCAAGAUUAGAUGAUCCGAUAUUAGAAAAAAAUAUUGAUGAAAAGUUAAGGAAGAAAUAAGAUGAGUAAAAUUAUCAGCAAUUGGAAGAAACUUCGAAGAAUUUGAUUGAAUAGUAAGUUGAAAAAAGCAAGCAUUAAAUAAACUGA